UUCCAUCCUUUUAGCUUACUGAUGUGGGGUUAUUUCAGAACUGAACUCUCAAUAAUAUAAAGUACCCUAAUCUUUUGUGCAAACUUUCACUAAUAAAAGUGCCCUUGUCUUUUUUUGAUAAGCUUCUUUUAUAAAAGUACCCUUAUCUUAAUUUGGAAUUCAUUUUUUAAAUCCUCAGAACUCAUAUACUAGUAGAUUUAUAACUUUGUGUUUGGUACUGAUGUCAAGCCUUUCAUUAUGCUUUAUCACAAUUAUUUUUCUACUUGGAAAGGUCCAAGGCAGACUUCUAAGGCUAAAUUCUUCCAACCAAUUGAUCUCAGAUGGAAUUGAUCAUCGACUUAACAAUCAAGAAUAUGGACAACACUUGCUUUCUUCAGGCAAAACAUGUAACCAGUUGUAUGGUAUUUUUCCAUGUGCAAACAGUAUAGGAGGCUACAUUUUCUUGAUAGUAGUCUACCAGUACUUGCUGAUUACAGGAGAAAAACUGGUCUCAAGAGGAAGCAAGAUUCUCUUUAAUAUUCUUGGCCCUGGCAUUUUUGGUGGCACUAUUUUUCAAAUCUUGAAGACUUUGCCCAGGAUUGUCAUGGUCAUUGCAUCUGGAGUUGCAGCAAGUAAAGAGAAAGCUCAGAAUCAAAUUUCUUCAGGAAUUAGCACUACAGUUGGAGCCACUGUCUUCAAUCUUACUCUAAUGUGGGGAAUAUGUGUGAUAUUUGGCACUAAAGACAUGACAGAAAAAUCAGCUGCAGAAUCUUCUUCACCUUUCAAAAGUUUCAAGGGCCUAAGUGAAACUGGGGUUACAAUUGACCCAAAAACAAGUAAAACAGCUGGAAUCAUGCUCCUUUCCUUGAUCCCAUUAGCACUAGUUCAGCCAGUCACUACUUUCAACUCAUUCUUUGCAAGGCGUAUUCUAAUUUUCAUCACGCUUUUGGUAUCAGUCAUACUAUUGCUCUCAUACUUUCUUUAUCAGAUUUUUGAUCCUUGGAUGCAAGAAAGAAGUUUAGAAUAUUCCAAAUAUGAGAAUUUGCUAGCAGGAUUUCUGCAUCAUGUACAGAGGCAUGCAAGAGGGAAGCUCAUUAAUGAAGAAGGGCAACCUGAUAUUGAUGUCAUCAAAAGAUUAUUCCUAGAGACUGAUAAAGAUGCCAACAAAUGCCUAACACUAGCCGAAUUGGAGAAUCUAACACUUGAUAUUCAAUCAGGGAAAGUUAAGGUGGACAAAGAUUAUGCUAUUACUAAGAUAUUGAAUUCUUUUGAUCAAAACAACAACAAAAUAAUCGAAGAGGAUGAGUUUGUCGAAGGAUGCAAAAGAUGGAUUGAAGAAGCAAAGCAGUUAGCUCAAAGUAAUGAUUCAAAUUCUAAAAAGAUUUUACACAAGGUUGUUGAGCAAUUUACUAAAAAACAAAGGGAUGAAAUUGCUGAGAUUGAGCAUAUAAUGGCAAGAAUUUUGAAGCAUGUUCAAACCCAAGCAUUAGAAGCUGAACACCUUGUCAAUGAUGAUGGAAGCCCCAAUAUUGAACCAAUUAAAGAAAUCUUCCAUCAGUAUGACUUUGAUGGGAACAAAGUCAUAACAAAACCUGAAUUGGAAGAGCUAAUAGGUUCAGUCAAGUUUGGAGAAGUUGAAAUCAAUCGCGAUGACUCAGUUAAGAAAGUGUUGAGGGAUUUUGAUAAAGAUGGUAAUAACAUGAUCGACGAACACGAAUUUGUCCAUGGGAUGACAAAAUGGCUCAAUGAGGCCAUUAAGGUGACUAAUUGCCCUGACAAGAAAAGGGCCAUUGAUGAAUAUGAGAAGAUUAAGUGGAGUGAAGUUGACAAGUUAGUCUAUGAGGUGGAAAAGGAUGGAGAAAUCAACUAUAAGUUGUUGACGUGGGCAUUUACCAAAUCUGUGCUUCAAGUUUUGUUGGGGAUUGCAAUACUGACAUUGUGUGCAAAGCCUCUUGUGAUUAGUAUAGAAGAUUUAUCAGAUGCUAUGGGAAUGCCUUCCUUCCUUAUCCCUUUUGUUAUGGUGCCUCUAGCUCUAAAUGCAAGAAUGGCAAUAGCUGCAAUAUUUCCAGCAAGUCAGAAGAGUUCAAAAACUGCAUCUUUGACAUUCUCAGAGAUAUAUGGAGGAGUGAUCAUGAACAAUAUCAUGGGCAUGACAACACUUUUGGCAGUGGUGUGUAUAAAGGACCUAAGAUGGGAUUAUUCAGCUGAAAUUCUAAUAGUUUUGGUGGUUUGCUCUGUAGUUGGACUUCUUGCAUUUUUCAGCACUACAUAUCCACUUUGGACUUGCCUCUUAGCAUUUUCUCUAUACCCUUUCUCUGUGUUGCUCUUUUACCUUCUUGAAUGUGUAUUUGGAUGGGCCUAAGUGGUAAUCAUAAUACCACACCUAUCCUCUCAACUCAAAUGGAAAAGUAAAUAAGAGAGGUGCUUUAUUUUCUUUCUUCUAAAAGACUUAUACAAGCUGUUGAGUAAAAAAGAAAAAUUCAUCAUUUUA